AUGGCGAGCCGCAACCCCUUUGAGAACAACGACCAUCGGGACCCCGACGCUCACGCCCCCGAGGCCGUCGACAUGCUGUCGCCAAUGACACCACUGUCAAACCUCGAGAGCGAGCUGCAGACCAAGUACCAGUCCGCGCGCAGCUCGGAGCGACAGCCGCCGCCGCAGAGGCCUGCCGACUCCGAGAAGGAGGUCGUCAGCCUCGAGCACGACAGCGCCCUCAAGCACGUUGUCCCGCUGGAACUGACAUCAGAGUAUCCCGAGACGGCAACCGUCGUGACCCCCCCGACGCCCCGGACCAUGGACGCCGACACCCUAAAGGUCAGGUCAAUGUCGGACGCCGCGCCCGAGGCGCUGCCCCCGGGAGGCGAGGGCGGCGGCGCAAACAAGGACCAGCGCAUUCUGGGAAUGAGCAGGAAGGCGUUCCUGAUACUCAUCGCCGUCGUCAUCAUCAUCGUCGCGGCCGCCGUGGGCGGUGGCGUGGGUGGCGCCGUUGCGUCGACAAAGAAGUCGGACGCCACUCCCGCAACAAGCAGGUACAAACUACGGGAAGUAGGUGCUGAAGCUAACGGGAAACUUUGCCUCACUGUCAGCUCAUCCUCAAGCACGCCCACGUCAUCCACGGCAACGACGUCGGGCGCGGCGCCCUCGCAGACGGUCCAGUUCCUCAACAACCAGACCUGGCCGCAGGGCUAUGAUUUCGCUUUCCAGGGCUACUCGCGGCCCAACUUCACGGGGGCGGCGACGCAGAUCCUCACCGGCGACGGGGGCGCCAACACGGGCAGGGACUUUGACUUUGACGUCCACAGCUACAUCUGGGUGCCCAACAUUGGCAACUGCUGCGUCAACUUUUGCGCCAACAGCACCAAGCAGGGCUACAUUGGGUAUAAAUGCACCCCUGUGAGGAAGAAUGAGUCGUCCGAGGCGGUGGCGCGGGCGUUUGUCUGGUGUGACAACACGCACAGCGAUGCCAUUGCCGAGUCCAAGGGGUGCUCAUAA